UUAGUGGCUAUGAUUUGCUUUGUUUCUCGGUGAGCUGCGUUGAAUAGCUCAACGAUACUCAGGUGGAGUCAAUCCCUGAACCUCAGUUCACACAAUCGAUAAAUUAUUGGUAAAUGCAAGCAGCUCCAGCUAAACUGGAACUACCAUCGCUAUUGGCACAAAGAAAACAAACUACGCAACAGAAGAUGACGGCGACGAAAAACUGUAACAAUAAAUACAAGUGGGCCCUUCCCUUCACCCGGGAGUACCCUCCCUAUUUGUUGGCCUCCCAGAUGGCCCAAAACUCAGCAUGCGUUGGCCAUUAUGUUCCCCCUUCCCAUCUACAACAAAAAUAACCGGACAUCGUACUCGUUUCAGUAUUAAUCAACAUUUUCAACAACAAUAGCAACGACACAGAUCAGCAACAGUACAACUGGAACGGUGCUCCUAAAUGCAGUUAACUUACCGGAAAAUGGUGUCUCAAGAUGCCUUUAUACUGCUUAUAUAUACAUUCAAUUGACCAGUCCUCGGGAAUCUGCCAACUAUAUAACGGAACUAUUUGUCAACACUUUUUGAAGAAUACCCAUGUAUUUAUACCACCAAAUGCGACAAUUAAUGAGUUAGAGGAACGAUUGAAAGCCGCUUAUGGAGUAAUAAAAGAAUCAAAAGAUAUGAAUGCUAACUGUCGAAAGUAUGCAUUACCUAGUUUAUGCUUCAGUUCACUUCCGAUUUGUAGAACUCCUGAGCGAACCAACUUACUGUAUUUUGCAAAUUUAGCUAUGUUUACUAACUUGUACAGUGGAAAUGACACACGAGAAAAACGAUCUGUUUCAAAAGAUUCUAAGAGCAAACAUUUUUUCCUUAAAAAGAAGUCAAUCUUUUAUGACGAUGUUUUCAGUAAGGAUGUGUCAAGCAAAUAUCCACCUACAAAAGAAUCCGAAAACCUAAAACGAAUUUGCCGUGAAGAAUGUGAACUUUUAGAGACCGAACUUUGCCAAAAAGAGUAUGCAAUUGCCAAACGUCACCCAGUAAUUGGUAUAGUUGGAGUUGAAGAGUGUCAAAGAUUACCGCAACACAAAGAUUGCUCUACAUUAGGAAUAACCAUUGAAGUGGACGAAACUGAAAACUGCUAUUGGGAGGACGGAUCAAGUUAUAGGGGCAUUAAAAACCGUAGCAUUACAGGAAAACCGUGUUUACGAUGGUCCUGGUUAAUGAAAGAAAUUUCUGACUUUCCAGAACUUAUUGGACAGAACUAUUGCAGAAACCCGGGGAGUGCGGAGAAAAGCCCAUGGUGUUUUGUGGAUGAUAGAUCAUUAGAUCGAAACAUAGAAUCUUGCCACAUUCCAAAAUGUUCACAUAAUCUCUGGUUAAGGAUUAUUUUAAUAUCAGGAUUGAUAGUUGCUGCUUUUAUUAUAAUACUAUUGUUCGUGUUUUUUAAAAAAAAAGGCUCUCAAGGAAUGAAAAAUAUACAAAACAUUAACACACCUAACGCCGGAGAUAAUAUUUAUGGAAAUUCACAACUUAACUCAAAUCAAGAUAUGGGAAGAAUACCUUUAAAUAGUUCCAUGGAACCUGUGGGUGUAACAUCUAAAAAUAUGGAAAAGAAUUCACUUCUGAGAAUACCACACUUUACACUACAAGAUGUAGAGUUCUUUGAAGAAUUAGGCGAGGGAGCAUUCGGAAAGGUAUAUAAAGGACAACUACGGCAAUUAAAUAAGAAAACAGUAAAUGUUGCUAUAAAGGCAUUGAAAGAAAAUGCAUCUAUUAAAACCCAACAAGACUUUCGACGUGAGAUUGAUUUAAUAUCGGACCUCAAACACCAAAAUAUUGUAUGCAUAUUAGGAGUUAUAUUGAAUAAAGAACCUUACUGUAUGCUUUUUGAGUAUAUGGCUAAUGGUGAUUUACACGAAUUUUUAAUCGCCAACUCACCAAUGGAAAAAAAAUGUUUACUGCAAUUGGAGUUCUUGCAAAUAGCGAUGCAAAUCAGUGAAGGCAUGGAGUAUCUCUCUGGUCAUCAUUAUGUACAUCGGGACUUAGCAGCUCGAAACUGUUUGGUCAAUGAAGGACUAACUGUGAAAAUUUCUGACUUUGGAUUGUCGCGAGAUAUUUACAGCUCUGACUAUUAUAGAGUGCAAUCAAAAUCACUACUUCCGGUUCGUUGGAUGCCAUCUGAGUCAAUUUUAUAUGGGAAAUUUACAACAGAAAGUGAUAUAUGGUCAUUUGGCGUUGUUCUUUGGGAAAUUUAUAGUUACGGAAUGCAGCCAUACAGUGGCUACAGCAACCCUGAAGUUAUUAAUUUAAUCAGAUCUAGACAACUACUCUCUUGUCCAGAGAAUUGUCCAAGUGCAGUGUAUUCGCUAAUGAUUGAAUGUUGGCAUGAACAAGCUGUGAAACGUCCCACAUUUACAGAUAUUUCACAUCGAUUAAGGACUUGGUAUGACGGUCACAUUAAAAUUGACCACAUUAAUCCAUAAUUAAUAUAAAUAAUUUAAUGGCUGAUUUGCGUUUAUAAAUAACAAAUAAUUUUGUAUGCGUACUGUUAAGAUCUUUUUAUAAAUAAAUAA